AAUUAGAUUCAAAUUGGAGGGAAAACCGCGCUCUGACCAUAAUCGUUCGCAGUGUCAGAAAUUUAAAAGCCCUUAUAAGAAGUGAGAUUGGUGACGCGUUCCUUUUGUGCAGGCCAUUUUGCUAUUAUUUUCUUUUGCCUUUAAGUUGUGUGGCAGUUUAAUUAGUGAAUUUUAGUGAUUAAGUGCAAAAAUGUCUCAGCCAACAGUUGCUGCGUAUUUUAACACGAGAAAGCGUGUAGCCGCGGAUGAACUCAGUGCGGUCACUCGGAACAAGGUAUUGGUCCUGGAAAACACGACAUCUGCGGGAACGCCGUUAGAAAAUGGCCGGGACUCUCCGGGUCGAGUUGUUUUCGCCAAUACUAAAAAUUUUCUUUCCAAGAAUGCCACUGCUGACGAAUCCGGUUCCGCUGGAACUCCGGAUAGGAAGAUGACCCGAGUUACCCGGUCUAUCAAACGGAUCGGUGCCGUCAAAGUGGAUGAAAAGACCAAACAAAUGCUGGAACAACCAAAACUAGUUCGAUUUUUGAAGAUGGGAAACUUGUCGCCGAAGAAGAAGCUUAUUCAGUAUCCUGCUAGUCCGGCCAAGGGCUCUACUGCAGCACCGGAACAAGCCACCUUACCAGCAAGCACAGAGUUCUCAGCUAAAAAUAAUUCCAGCAAUGUUGAUCGUGGCAUGCGAACCCCGACCAAGCAAGCUCCCGCACCAGCGGUGAACCAAGGCAAGCAUGCGGCCAAGGCCAAGGCAAGCGUUGUCGUCAGUAAACUGACCUUAGACGAAGCCCGGAGCAAACUGAGCAGAAGCGCACGGCUAGCCGAGUUGAAGACAUCCCUCAACAAGCUGCAGAAUGGGUUCGACAAGCUGGACCGCCUCGAGAAGGUUCGCCAGGAGGACAACUUUAAGCCACCGGUGCCGCCGAGUCCGACCACCGCUGCCCGUAAUUUGAAAGAGUUCGAACGGUUCGAAGUGGAGGUGCCAGUGAGCCCCCAGAAGCCGUUCGCUUCUCCAACCAAAAAUCUGCAUCGCACGCCAACCAAGGCCCAUAACAGCUCGUUGCUGUCUCCGCGGAAGCAGGUAACACCAAAACGACUGAGCAGUUUGAUGAGCCCAAUUAAGGAACCUACCGCCACACCCGUCACUGCAAGUCCCACCAAGGUUCCAGCUUAUCAGCGUUUUCAAACUCUGGUCGAAUCCGGUACACCUUCCCUUCAAUUGCCCUACAAGUACCGCAGCCUGGCUGAACUGUUCAAGUGCAUCGACACCGUUUGUGCCAUGUUUUACAACCGCAAGGAGCAAAUCACCUUCAAGAAAUUGAAACCGGCCGUGCAACGCAUGGCCCGGAAGAACUUGUACGAAAGUCAUCUGGCACAAAUUAAAACCCUAUUCCCGGACGCUUUCGAGUUCAGUCAAGAACUCACGAAAAACUACGGUUCCGCGACUAAGAAUGAAUAUUACCAACUAAUUAUUAAACCAAAUGUAGAAGAGAAAGAGCAAAUCAAGAACGACGAUGACGACGCCAACGUAAUCCGGUGUGCUCAGAAUCAGUCUAUGAAUCCUCAAGUCCUAAUCGAACGUGUCCAAAAAUUCAACAGAAUUCUGUUAUCUCUUGCCAAGGAUGCUCACGAAAAGUUUUUACUCCAAUUGGAUCCACCAGUCAUCGUCGAAAAGCGUAAACUGACUCGCUGGCAUCCGGAAUUCAAUCUGGAAAGAUGCCCCGAUAUUGAACUCGGCGAUAUUCCACAACCACCGAACGUGGAACGCUUCUCAUCGGCGAAGGACGUUCUAUCUACCGCCCGAAACCUUUUCAACUGUGGCACUGCGAUGGAAAGGGCUCUCGAGCGCCUGGAAGAGAAAAAGCGUCUGAAUGCCACGUCAAUCCCAACCACUCCGGCAAGUUCCACUUCAACCACUCAAGAUGACACCACCAAGAAAAAGCCGACGGAGAAUCCCUUCCAGUCGGCAUUGAAGAACGUUCCCCAGUCGCUGCUAGAGAAAAUCCGUGCCAAGCAGGCCGCCAAAGCCCUAGACCAAAUGACCCGACGACCCUCGCAAGAGAAGGAAGCCAUCCAGUAUUCCCGCCUGCCGGAGAUUGCGCGCCAUUUGCGGAACGUGUUCGUAACCGAGAAGAAAAACGUCCUCCCGCUGGAGAUCACCCUGGUCAAGAUCGAAAACAGCUAUCGGGGUCGGCUGAGUGUUAAAGAGCUGGAGGAUCACCUAAAGCUAAUUGCCGAGAUAGUACCCUGUUGGCUAUCGCUGACCGAGGUCCGCAAAACCAUGUAUAUUAAGGUUGCUAAAGACUGCGACCUAGGCAAGGUUAUUGCUCUGCUGGAGAAGAAGGCCAGCGAUUCGCUAAAAUGCUAGAGGAAUGCUGCUUUUAUUUAUGAUACUGUCGUGUUUUGUUAGAAUUCAUUUUACACUUAUUGUAAUUUUAGUUCCUCUUCAACCAAAUUUUCAAAACCAACUUAGUAUAUCGAUAAUUAUACAUUUAUAGCAUCAAUCGCAACUCAUUUAUACUCAUGUUUUUUUACUAUGAAUCCAUUCUUUUUGUUUACCUUGACAUUAAUACAUACAUAUAAAAUGCGUGUUUUGAAAUUAUAGUUUAAAUUUUCAGUUACACAAUACACAUACUACUGUUUAUGAUUGCAUCUUCAAAAUAAUCGAGAAGUAAAGUUUUGAGUUUUGAGCGCUUCAAGGUUGCUGACUUUGUCAGCACAAAACUAUCUCUUGACUUAUUGAUAUUUUCUCGUUUGUCAUACUGUAUGCAAUCAUAGGUACUAGGCAACUAGGCCAAUCAUCGGAUAAACACAGUUUUUCUAUUCAAUUCUUCCUUAUAUUUUAUUUGUUCUUUUAUCACAUUGUUACCGUACGCCAUUUAAGAAAAAAUCAAUAAAAGCCAUAUUGACUGAUAAA